AUGAAGGCUGCUGUAGCCGUAUCUCCCCUUCUCCCUCCAUACCCCAGACAACACAGUUUGGUCGCCAUGGCUUUGAUCGAUGGUUUCCAGGCAACCGCCGUGUUGCUCAUUGUUGUGUCUCUACUAUUUCAUCUGUCAAAGGCUUAUCAGCGAGAUAACAUCAAAGGAAUACCGCGAGUCCAAGGAUGGCCGGUAGUUGGCAACCUGCUGCAACUCCAGCGAGCGCAAUCCUUUUCCAGCAAGCUCCAAAGUUGGUCCAAGACCUAUGGUCCAAACCUUCUCGUCAAAUUGGGCCAAAGACCGGUGGUCAUCAGCAACACAUUUGACGGCAUCUGCGACUUUUGGAUCAAAAACCAGUCGAGCCUCAUUUCACGCCCAACUCUCCACACUUUCCACAAUGUCAUUUCGAGCAGCGAAGCCUUCACUAUUGGAACCUCUCCAUGGGACCAGUCCUGCAAACUGCGCCGUAAGGCUGCUGCAUUAACCCUCAACAAUUCUGCCGUUCACCGAUAUGUGCCAGCUAUCUCGAGAGAAAUCAAUGAUGCUCUUCACGAAAUCCUUGUUGAUACUCACCACAGUGAGCAGGGAAUCCAACCAAAGCUAUACUUGAAGAAAUUUGUUCUCAAUGUUUCCCUGACAUGUAGUUUCGGAACUCGAAUUUCCACCGUCCGAGACGCCUUGCUCAAAGAGAUUGUCGACGUCGAAGAAGCUCUUACACGAUACCGAUCGCAUACCAAUAAUCUCCAAGACUACCUUCCUUUCCUGCGUUGGAUUCCCAGUGCCAAAACAGGGGCUAAGGCAUAUAGCGAGCGGCGAGACAUCUACAUGAAUCGUCUUAUUGACCAGCUCAAAUCGGAUAUCGCCAACGGGAUCGAUGCUCCUUGCUCAGUCGGUCAAAUCAUGAAGGACCCUAACUAUGAUUUUAACAAUGUGGAAUUAAUGUCCCUCAGCAUCACUCUUCUAUCGGCUGGACUCGACACAAUUCCUGCUAAUUUGACACAGGGUGUCGCAGUCCUCGCAUCCAAGCAAGGGCAGGAGAUUCAAGAGGAUAUGAGGGGCGAGAUCCUAGCCCGUUACUCCUCCUUUGAAGAAGCCUGGGAGAAGGUAGUCGCCGAAGAAGCCGUCCCCGGCCUACAGAGUCUGGUGCAGGAAAUCCUUCGCUACUUCAGCGUUGUCCCCAUGGGCUUUCCCCGAACCAACAUCACGCCGGUGGUCUUGGACAACGGAAUUUCCAUCCCAGAAAACACCUGGUUCUAUAUGAACUCCAAAUCGGCUAACUUCGAUCCACUUGUCUUCCCUGAGCCCGACAAGUUCAUUCCACGACGAUUUGUGGACAAGGAGGAAAGUGAGCCACAGACCCGCCGUGCCGGCGGCCCCCCUAUGAGGCAUUUUGGCUACGGGGCGGGCACUCGAGCGUGUGUGGGCUACCAUCUUGCCAAUCGCCUCAUGUACGGGAUUCUCGGUCGCCUCAUUCUGGGUUGGAAGAUUCAAGCCCCGGGUCCCGUUGAUAUCCAUCAUGACACGUACAAUGCUUGUCCCAGCUCGCUUGUUGCAGAACCCAAGGACUUCCUGUAA